AUGGCCACCUUCUCCUCCCUCAACACCAUCACCCUGGCCCUUCUCGCCCUCAUUUUCGCCAUCGCCACCGUCCAAUCCGCCCCCACCCCCGUGGCAGAUCCUAAAGUCCCCGUCUUCUCCAUCUUCUCCAAAAACAACGAAAAAGGUGCCACGGCCACCGUCUCCAAGUACGGCUGUCACAACCACGGCCUCAAGGCCGUUGCCGGGGUCCACUACCGUAGUGGCCCUCAUGCCCAGAUCAAGUUCUAUUCUGGCAAGGACUGCAAGGGCAAGGUGACCCAUUCGAUGCCCAUUAACACUUACAAGUCGAUGGGCGGUCCUUACAACUCUCAGAGUGUUCUUGUCUUCAAGGGCACCGGUUCUUCCAUGCAGUAA